AUCUCAGCACUAUAAUUAUACUGCAGCAGAGAGUAACUCCACACAAAUCCAUACACAUAUUCCAUAUUCACAUUCUCGCUCUUUUAUAAAAUCCUGUUACUCUUAAUCAAUUCACAAGAUAACAAGAUCACGAGAUCUUUAAUUGUGCAUUGGUAUAAUCUUAUUUCUUGCCGUGUACACUACCUCUCUUCACGCUUCCGUCACUACAACCGUCAAAAUGCCGCCUAAGAAGAAGGGAAACAAGAAGGCGGAUGAUGAUUGGGAGGCAGAAUUGGGCGAGUCGAUUGUACCUUCAAACGGAGAUGCCACCACUGCCACCGCUGCUGAACCAGAGGAGGAUAAAGAGGAGGAAGAUGCACCCGUUGGUGGUCUCAUGGCCAUGAUGAAGAAGAACCGAGAGAAGCGCAAGAAGAAGGGUUUAUCCGAGGAUUUUCACGAUGGUGAACGUACUCCUGCUGCGGACCCUGUACCUGACAAGGCACCUGUAGAGGCGACAAUGGAUGAUGAAUUUGCACUGCCUGAGAAGAAGGGUAAGGGUGGAAAACAGAACAAACAAGCCGCAAAGCCCGCGGCGGCCGCCGCUGCCGGCGACGAUGAGUUUGGCGAGGGUGGAAGGAUGUUGACUAAGGCCGAGAAAGAAAAGCUCAAGCGAGAACGAGAGAAGCAGAGAAAGAAGGAGCAGGCUGCCAAAAAGAAGACUACAACACCUGCCCCUCCUACGAAAGCUGCCGAGGCUGCGAAGCCCGUCGUCGAGGACAAGAAAGAUGCAGCUGCGGCCGAUGCCGCUGGGAAGAAGGGAAAGAAGCUCCCCGCACACUUAUUAGCUAUUCAAAAGCAACAAGAAGAAUUGCGACGACAACGAGAAGAAGCAGAACGCAUUGCCGCCGAGGAGAAAGCUCGUCUAGCAAAAUUGGAGCAAGAGGAAACCGAAGAGAGCAAACGAAAGGAGGAAGAGAGAGCUCGCAAGAAGCAGAAGGAGAAGGAGAAGAUUGAGCAACUCAAGAAGGAAGGCAAGUUUUUGACCAAGGCGCAAAAAGAAGAGAAAGCCCGCAAUGAGAGGAAGCUCCAACAAAUGAUCGCUGCUGGCAUUAAGGUCGGUCCGUCCGAAGAAGGCGGGGAGGAUAAAAAGAAGAAGGUCGUCUACGACAGCAAGAAGCGUGGCAAGAAGGCAGAUCAGAAGGUUGAUGAAGAGAAAGUGUUAGCCGAAGCCGCUGAACGAGCAAGACAACAAGCCGAAGCUGCAGCCAAGGAAGCUGAAGAGAAAGCUGCCAAAGAGGCUGCGGCGGCCGAGGAGGCUGCUAAAGCUGCCAAGGAAAAGAAGGCUGCGGAGAGUGAUAUUGACGACGACUGGGAAGCCGCCGCGGCUUCUGGGGAUGAUGUCAAAGACAGCUGGGAUGCCGAAUCGGGCGACGAGGCCAAGACUUUACCUUCUCGACCUAAGCGUGGAUCUGACGAAUCCGAAUCCGAAUCGGAAGAAGACUCCUCUGAAGAUGAAGCACAGACAGCAGCACAGGCUGCAGAAGCUCAGCGGAAAAAGGAGGCCGCCGAACGACGAGAGAAGGCUCAUCAAGCCGCCCUAGCUGCUCGAUCCAAGGACAACCUUCGUUCACCUAUCUGCUGUAUCUUGGGGCAUGUCGACACAGGUAAGACGAAGCUUCUAGACAAGAUCAGACAAACAAAUGUACAGGAAGGUGAAGCCGGUGGUAUUACGCAACAGAUUGGUGCCACAUACUUCCCCGUUGAUGCUAUCAAGCAGAAGACUAUGGUCAUCAACCCCGAUGGCAAAUUCGAAUUCAAGGUUCCAGGUCUUUUGAUCAUCGAUACACCUGGUCACGAGUCUUUCUCAAACUUGAGAUCCAGAGGUUCAUCUCUUUGCAACAUCGCCAUCCUAGUUGUCGAUAUUAUGCACGGACUCGAACCUCAGACGCUUGAAUCGAUGAAAAUGCUUCGGGACCGAAAGACGCCUUUUAUCGUCGCACUCAACAAGAUUGAUCGUCUUUACGGUUGGAAGAAGGUUGAUAACAACGGCUUCCAAGAGAGUUUGGCUCUUCAGAGCAAGGGCGUCCAGAACGAAUUCCGAAAUCGGCUCGAGGAGACCAAGCUCGCCUUUUCUGAGCAAGGUUUCAACGCCGAGCUCUAUUAUGAGAACAAGUCCAUGGCCCGAAAUGUGUCUCUAGUGCCCACUUCGGCCCACACUGGCGAAGGUAUUCCAGACAUGUUGAAGCUGAUUAUUCAGCUGACUCAAGAGAGAAUGGCUGGCUCCUUGAUGUAUCUCUCGGAAGUGCAAGCCACAGUUUUGGAAGUCAAGGCAAUCGAAGGCUUCGGAAUGACCAUUGACGUUAUUCUAUCCAACGGUAUCCUCCGAGAAGGUGACCGUAUAGUGGUGUGUGGUGUGGAGGGUGCUAUCACAACAAAUAUUCGUGCGCUCUUGACACCUGCCGUUAUGAAAGAACUCCGGGUCAAAUCCCAAUAUGUACACAACAAAGAAGUCAAGGCCGCCAUGGGUGUCAAGAUUAGUGCCCCCGGUCUUGAGGGCGCCAUUGCUGGAUCGCGACUUCUUGUGGUUGGCCCUGAUGAUGACGAAGAGGAUCUCGAGGAAGAGAUCGAAGCUGAUCUUAACAAGCUUUUCAGCCGUGUUGCUACUACCGGACGUGGUGUCAGUGUCCAAGCCUCGACUUUAGGAUCUCUCGAAGCCUUGCUAGACUUCCUGAAGGAUUGCAAGAUCCCAGUGGCAAAUGUUGGUAUCGGCCCAGUAUUCAAGCGAGAUGUUGUCCAAUGCGCCACCAUGCUUGAAAAGAGCCCUGACCUUGCGGUCAUGCUUUGUUUCGAUGUCAAGAUUGACAAGGAGGCGCAGGCAUACGCGGAAGAUAACGGUAUCAAAAUUUUCACUGCCGAUAUCAUCUACCAUCUCUUUGACGCCUUCACGAAACAUAUGGAUGAGCAGUUGGAGAAGAAGAAGGAAGAAUCCAAGAUGUUGGCUGUUUUCCCUUGCGUUCUCCACACUGUCGCUGUCUUCAACAAGACAGGCCCCAUCGUCAUUGGUGUUGACGUGGUAGAGGGUAACCUUCGAGUCAAUACGCCUAUCGCUGCGGUGAAGUCGAACCCCACAACGGGUGCCAAGGAGGUUGUCAGUCUCGGCAGAGUGACUUCCAUCGAGAGAGAUCACAAGCAGAUUCCAGUCUGUAAGAAGGGUCAACCGUCGGUGGCCAUCAAGGUUGAGAUGGGCGGUCACCAACCUACCUACGGCCGACAACUUGAAGAAAAGGAUGCUCUGUAUAGCUUGAUAUCUCGUGCCAGUAUCGACACACUCAAGGAAUUUUACCGAAAAGAGGUGACAAAUGACGAGUGGCAACUCAUCAUCAAGCUCAAGCCGUUGUUCGAUAUUAAUUAACCCACCUAGUACC